AGACUACAUCUACAUCUCUCUCAAUCAGUGCAGCUUGUGAGAGUAUCGAUCGACUGGCGAUACUUGCGCGCACAAAAAUGUUCUACUCUUUUUUAGUCUCUGCAACAAUGAUAGUCACAUAUCGACGUUUUCCUGGCGCAGGCGCUACCUCCUGAGACUAUUGCAUGCUACUCUAAUAGUUCAUUCAGUAGCAUCUGCGCCUCCUGCGACUAAUCAUGCAUUAUACUCGCAAAACCGUUGACACGUCGUAUCGGAAUUCGAGUAAUUACAGUCUUCAGUUGAAUCGCUGGUUUCUCAAGCCGGUGGGUGCCUGGCCAAGUUCGGCCACGACAACGAUCCAAGAAAAAGUUGUGUCAGUGAUAUUGAUAGUCGUCUGCUGGUCUCUGCUAGCCUUCGCGAUUUUCCCGGGCAUCCUGAACAUCCUGUUUGAGGAGACCAACGUGCAGAAGAAACUGAGAGCCGUAGGGCCGCUCCUUCAUUGGAGCACGGCCGCCAUAAAUUACUUUGCUUUACUGCUUCGCAGCCGCGAUAUACGUCAAUGCGUGCAACACAUGAAGACCGAUUGGCGAACGGUAACGCAGCUCGGAGAUCGAGAAGUGAUGCUAAAGUACGCUCGAAUCGGCCGAUUCGUCGCGGGGUUGUGCGCAAUUUUUAUGCAUAGCGGCGUCUUUUCUCACAGCGUGCUACAAGCGUUUACCAUGCCCGAAAUCGCUUACAUCGGCAACGAGACUGUGCAGGUGUACGUGUUACCGUGUCCCACCUACAGCAAGUUCAUAGACAUCAGAUAUAAUCCGGCGAGUGACAUCGCGCUCACAUUGCAGCUUCUCUCGAGCAUUGUCGUUAAUUCAGUGACAGUUGGCGCCUCUAGCUUAGCGGCGGUGUUCGCGAUGCACGCGUGCGGUCAGGUGAACGUGCUGAUGAGAUGGCUGAAUCAACUGGUAGACGAUCGAAAGCAAUUUGACAAGGUGCAACGUCGACUGGCCGUCAUCGUGGAGCAUCAUUUGAGAAUAUUGAGUUUUGUAGCUCGUAUGGAGACACUUUUAAAUCAGAUAUGUUUUGUGGAAUUGCUAGGAUGUACGAUUAAGUUAUGUAUGCUCGGAUAUUACAUUAUCACGGGAUGGAACGUAAUAGAGAAAGAGACAUCGAUAGCCUACAUGAUCAUAUAUGUAUCCGUGACUUUCAACAUUUUUAUAUUUUGUUACAUCGGCGAAGCACUCACAGAACAGUGCAAACAAGUAGGCGAAAUCGCUUACAUGACUGACUGGUACCUUUUGCCUCAUAAAACAGUACUUGGUUUGAUCCUAAUCAUUUCUCGAUCGAGUGUAAUGAUUAAGUUGACUGCGGGAAAAAUGGUCCAUCUUUCCAUCGCUUCUUUUGGCGCUGUGAGUGCAUAUGAAGACGUGACAUUUUCAUAAUCAUCUUUUAUAUUGAAAUUGUUUCAGGUUAUGAAAA